CAGUCUAUGAUUUGGGAUUGCGGCGUGGAAGAAGCUUAUGAGUAUGUGAGGGCAGUAGACGAGGCCCGGAAACUGACUGAAACCUUGGAUAAUCUGUGUUUGAGCAGAGGCGGCGGUGGGAACGAGCUUCUGCAGAGGGCUCAUGAUGUUCUCCAGACAGCCAUGGCCAGGCUGGAGGACGAGUUCAGGCACAUUCUUGUCCAGAGCAGACAGCCAUUUGGGCCGGAGCACAUGUCCUUUCGAUCGAGCGAGGAAGACGUGGUGGAUGAGGGCUCGAUUGGCUCCUCCUUUGGCGAUGACUCGGUCGAGCACACGCUCCAGUGUGACAGCAUUAUGAGCAGAAGCUCGGAGGAAUUCAUCAUUGAUCUGGUCCAUCCGGCCAUGAGCGGAAGCUCGGAGGGAUUCAUCAUUGAUCUGGUCCAUCCGGCCGUGAGCGGAAGCUUGGAGGAAUCCAUCAUUGAUCUGGUCCAUCCGGCCGUGAUUCCUGACCUCAAAUGCAUCGCCAAUUUGAUGUUCGAUUCAAAUUACGAUCGGGAGUGCACCCAGGCUUACAUCAGUGCUCGAAAAGAUGCAUUGGAUGACUGCCUUUUCAUCCUUGGGGUGGAGAAGCUGAGCAUCGAGGAUGUGCUUAAGAUGGAACGGGGUACUCUGAAUUCCAAAAUCACGGGAUGGAUCAGGGCGAUGAAGAUCUUUGUGCGAAUCUAUCUAGCCAGCGAGAAAUGGCUGAGCGAUCAGAUCUUCGAGGACCUGGAUUCAAUUAGCUCCAUCUGUUUCGCGGAGGCGUCCAAGUCCUCCAUGCUGCGGCUGGUAAAAUUCGGAGAGGCGGUGGCCAUUGGCCCUCACCAACCGGAGAAGCUGUUCGGCAUCCUCGACGGGUAUGAGGUGCUGAUGGAUCUCAUCCCCGACAUAGAUGCUCUGUACACCCAUGAGGCUUCUGCAGGCUCUUCCAUCAGAAGAGACUGCCAAGAGGUGAUCAGGAGACUUGAGGAUUGCGUGAAGGCGACUUUCCUUGAAUUUGAGAACGCCGUGGCCGCAAACACAUCGACAAUCCUUUUCCCCGGCGGGGGAAUCCACGUUCUUACUAGAUACGUGAUGAACUAUAUCAGGGCUCUCACCGAUUACAGCGACGCGCUUAAUGGGCUCCCCAGGGACUCUGUUGCAGCGGCUUCAUUUUCACCCCAGUCGAGCCCGGUCUCGGUCUCUUCUUCUUGUGAGCCCGUCUCGCCAAUGGCUCUCCACUUCCGAUCCCUCACUUCCAUCCUGGAAUGCAAUCUCCAGGACAAGUCUACCCUAUACAGGGACGAUUCGCUUCGACACCUCUUCUUGAUGAAUAACAUCCAUUACAUGACUCAGAAGGUGAAGGAUUCGGAGCUGCGAAGCAUCUUCGGGGAUGAAUGGAUCCGCAGGCACAACGGGAAGUGCCAACAGCACGCCAUGAACUACGAGAGAGCCACAUGGAGCUCCAUCCUGUCUCUGCUAAGGGACGACGGCAUUCACAGCCAUUUUGUAAGCUCUUCCGGCCGCGUCCUGAGGGCUCUCCUCAAGGAGAGGCUGCACGGCUUCUACGUCGCCUUUAAAGAGGUCUACAAGAUUCAGACUGGAUGGGUCAUCCCGGACACCCAGCUCCGGGAUGAUCUUCGAAUCUCCAUAUCCCUCAAUGUCAUCCAAGCUUAUCGACCAUUUGUACGAAGAUAUGGCCCUUACCUCACCGACAAACACAUCAAGCAUAGUGCGGAAGAUCUAGAGAGCUACCUCUGGGAUCUCUUCGAGGGGUCCCCAAGACCAUUAUUGCACAAUGUCCACAGGAGGUCGUAAUUCGUAACCCAAAUAAAUAAAAAUAAAAAAAUCUUUUCCUUCCUUUAUACAAUACGAAAAGGUACAUCAUUUAUAUUAUAUAGGAUAUCUUUUAUAUUAUAUACUGUAUAGUAUAAUUGGUGCUAUUAGAUCCUAGGAAGUCUACUUCGGCAGCCAGAAUGGACCAAAAUGAGAACUCUUUGUGGGGCUGGAGGCAAUCGUCUGUAUCUGUCUGUUCCGGUUAAUUAGACCUGUAAGAGAUUGUGUUUUUUAGGCAACCAAUUGAAAGGCACAUGAUGUCAUGUGUUUGUAUGGCUGACAUCCAAACUAGGCCCCUUCGUCUAAACCAUCCCCCACAAGACUCAAAUGUUCUAAGUGUCCCCUUCAAUAUUAUUAAUUUUAUAUGGAAUUAUUAUGAACUUUAUCUAUUAAUUGGGGUAUU